CCAGGCACACAACUACCUCCUCCUGGAGACCCAGAGGUACGCCCUCUUUCAAAGAGGCCGGAUGGCCCGUGCUGUGUUGCCAGUGUUUCAAUUCCCGCCGCCAGUGGCGCACUUGAUCUGCGUGGCGCCUUCUAUCACACGCCAUAUGUAACGUCGUGACUUCAAACUUUUGAGUCCUUUUCCGCGACAAAAGUGGGGGAAAUGUCAAAAUUGUCUGGCACAUACUUCAUAGGAUGGUUGCUGUUCUGUGCGACAGCUCCAUCCUUUGCAAGGCGCCGAAGUGGGACUCUAGGUAGUUCUGGUCUUGAAGCAACUGAGACGUCCUCCAAGAUUGAUGUUGCUUCUAAUACAACCGGUUCCCUGAAUGAGCUCGAGCAGCUAGACAACCUUCUGUCUGAUCUCCAGCCUUUCGGGAUUAAGGACAGCCAAAAACGCCAGGGUACAAGACCUGAGACCAUGCAAUGCUUCCCUCAGGUGUGCCCCCGCGUCCCACCUGUACAACCAUGUAUAAUACCAGUGCCGCCGCCGCCGCCGCCGCCGGUUCCCUGUCCAACUCCGCCGCCAGCAGACUGCCCAAGCUGUGACACCGUCACUUGUCCUCCCGGUCCAGCAGGCCGUCCUGGAUUGCCUGGUCCUCCAUGUGCAGGGCUGCCUGGUCCACCAGGUCUUCCGGGGAGAGGUAUACCUGGUCCCCCGGGUCCCCAAGGACCUCCUUGUCAGUGUGAUUCACAAGGCGGAGGUGAAUGCUGUCCUGACGAAGAUAACAUCAUUCAGACCAUCAUCAAUCUCGUUAUCAACGGUGGGGGAUGCUGCGAUCAGGACUGCCCUGAUCCCGUCUCUGAAGAAUGCCCCUGGGACAUCUCUGUCUUAAUUUCGAAGUAUCUCCUCGUACGGAAAAGAAUUGACCUUAUUGGAAAACUGGACACCAGGGUUGACAUGCUUGUUGCUGCGAUCUAUCGAAUGAGAGUUGCGAUAGAAAGAGCAUACGAUAUGGUUGGUCCGCCUGGAAAUCCAGGGGAAGAAGGAGAUCCAGGUGAGAAAGGUGACAAAGGUCCAUCAGGGGAGCCCGGCCAGUGCCCUCAAAGCACCUGCUUUGUCGGACCAAUGGGGUCCCCUGGACCAAUUGGUCCGCCUGGCGAGCCCGGCCUCAAAGGAGAAUGCUGUUACGGCGAAAGAGGACCUAGAGGAGUCAAAGGCCCGACGGGUACAGGAAAGCCUGGACCACAAGGUCCACCAGGUCUCCGUGGGGAUCCUGGAGACCCUGGUCGGGCAGUCUGGGGUGGACUGGAGGAAAUCCAAGGGUCUCUGGCUUUGGGGAUCACUACCUCUGGCUAAAAGAAUCUCGGGGACUCUUCCCUUUGUGUUUGUCUGUGUAUUGCACUUCAAAAGUUCAACGAUGCCUAAUUGCUUGGAGUUAAUGAUUGUGAUCUUUUAGAAUGUAAUCAUAUUUUGAUAAAUUUAUUAUGGAAUGAAAACAGUAAUAUGUGAAA